CGUCACUAGGCGGCGCUGCCGAGCGCGGCCAACUGCAGACAGCAUCCCACCCUCCUUCCCGGCUGGCUGGCAACCUGCAUGUGAAAAACCUUCUUUUUCAGAAUGGAUGUAUCAUUGUCUUCUGAUCAAGAGAUUCCAUCUAGUGCAGAAGAACAUGUGGAAGUUGAAGUAUCUGUUUUCCAGAUAGAAAGGGAGGAACCUGAAGAUGCAAUCAUACGAAUUAGACUGGGUAAUCGAUUACGGCAAAGAAGGCGACGUCAGCGUCUUCGUGCUGCUAGAAAUGAAGCACAGAGAGUGGAACCAUUGCAAAAUGGAUGUCAAUUACAAGUUACUGCAAAUGAAAUUGAACAACCUGAAACUCAUUCAGAGAUUUUGCAGUUGAACCAAAAACAGCUUGCAAGCAUUCCUAAUGGUAACAAUGCUGAGUCUUCCACUGUUGAAGAUACUGCUAAUCAACUGGAAGAAAAUAGAGAGACUAUCGCAUUACGUGACUUUGAGCGAAUCCUGAGACGUCGAGAGAGUAUACGCUUGAGUCAACGAAGGCGGCGAGAACGUCUUCGUAACUUGAGUCGUAGUCUUGAAUCUUCUGAUCCACUUGCAAGAUGUCGAAACAUGAUCCUGGGCUUUAGGAUAUCUGAGCUUCAAGCACUUUUAAGAUUUGCAGGACGUAACAAAAGUGGGCUGAAACAUGAAUUGGUGUCACGAGCAUUACACCUGGUAAGGACCAACUGUUCAUCGGAGAUUCUAAAGAAGAUUCAAGACUUGCAUGCUCAGAGGAACAGUUUAGCUUCGACAAAUGCACAGAGUCAACCGCUUCUGUCUGCACCAACGUUUCCUUUGCAUUCUUCAGAAGCAGCUUUGAAUGCAAGAACAUCAAUUCCAAUUUGUCACGCAGGAAAGGAUGAUACAAAGUCUAAAGUGAGAUUAACAGAAUUGCCUUUCUAUGAAAUAUUGGAUAAUCUCAUGAUACCUACAGAACUAGUCCCAACCAGCAUAGAGAGGAUUCAAUCAAAUGAGUUUCGUUUUGCAUUAACUGAAAAGCAGAGAGAGCAGAUUAUUGCUGGGUGCUCUAAAACUGGUGUGCAGACAGUUCAAGUUCAGUUAAGGAUUUGUCAUACAGAUACUGAAUUGAUUCAGGAAGACCAGUAUCCCCCCUACCUGUCAGUAAAAGUAAACUCAAGAGUGUGUCCUUUCACGAGUUACUUUUCAUCAAGAAGACCUGGAGUAGAACCAAAAAGACCUUGUCGACCCAUUGAUGUUACACCUCUUCUCAAUUUGACAUCUCGUGGAGCUAACUAUGUAAAAGUAUUUUGGGGCCAUUUUACUCAGCGAUAUUCUGUGGUACUAAACCUGGUAAGGCAGCACAGAGCUGCAGAAUUGUUGCGUAAACUUCAAGUAAAUGAAACCCGAGCCUCUGAAGUGUCCAGGGAGCUAAUUCGCAAAAAGCUUCAGCUGGAACCUGAUAAUGACGUUACCACAACUGGCCUUCGUGUCUCUCUUAUGUGUAGCCUUGGUAAGAUGCGUCUUUCAGUGCCCUGCCGUGGUAUUACCUGCACACAUUUACAGUGUUUUGAUGCAGCUCUAUAUAUUCAGAUGAAUGAAAAAAAACCUACGUGGAUGUGCCCCGUGUGUGACAAGCCAGCCCCUUAUGAACUGUUGUUUGUAGAUCAGCUGUUUUUAGAUAUAUUGAAGGAGUGUGAAGAUGCUACUGAAGUUCAGUUUAAGGAUGAUGGCAGCUGGUCUCCAAUAAAGCCAGACAAACAGCCUCAGAAGAACUUCGGAACCAAAUGUUCAGUAGUGGAAUUAGAUGACUCCAGCAACAAUCAAUUUAGUAAUCCUGCAAAUGGCAAAAGUGAUGUGGACAUUAUCGACCUGACUGUAGACUGUUAAUAAGGAGGAUCGGCUAUUCAAAAAGAAUGUUACUGUGAAUGUUGGAGAAAGUUCAACAAACAUGAAGGAUGCAUUACGGAAAGAUCCAUUGAAAGAAGUCUACCUCUGACAUUGUAGGCUUUACUUUCUUUGAGGCCCUCCAGCCAUAUCUACCUCUUGAAAGGAUUAGUACAGUAAAAGAUGACAAAUAGUCUGUUUGGAGAAAUGCUGCUCUUGAAGAGUGCAUUGUUGUAGAUGCGAAGGACUGAUACAUAGUUUAUAAAUUGUUUGGAGAAACAAGUACAGUACCCCAUAGUUGGAUUGCUUUUAAAUUAUGCUGUAUUAACUCCUGAACAAACAUUGAUACCUGGUCAUGUUCUUGUUCUUAGAAUGAAACAUAUAGAAAUGAAGUUUGACUGGCCUCUCCUGUUAAUUGCUUUCACUUUUAAUUUCCAAAGCAAGUGCUUGUGUCACGCAAGCCCAAGAGUUUAUAAGUUGAUUUUAGAAGCUGAAACAGCCCUUUUCCAUCUCAUUGUUUGAUUCUAAACACCUUGCGAAUAUAUUGGUAUUGGUUGAAACUGAGGUAGCUAUAGACAAACAGUGUUGAUUACAACUUUCUCUUUAGUUUAAACAGGUAGUUUGGAGAAAUAUAUUGGCUGAGGUGCAAAAGAACUUGACUACGUAAUCCUUUUCCCACUCCCUUGCAAAAAUGGUAGGUUUCCAGGAAAGUAUGACAUGAGCGUAAGCCCUGCUCUCAAGAUGGGAAGGCUUGAGAGAGGAGUGUUUUGCAUUUAUAAAUCUUUUAAGUAGUUAACUGGAUGGAAAGACUUUGAAAUUUGUCUGCAUCCUCCAUUAUCAACGCAGGAAAAUAAUAAUACAAAAUAAAAGCUACAAAGAAUAUCCAAUCCAAAGAUUCAAUACUUGAAAUUUUUCUUCCUGAAAAGGGUGCAAACAUGGAGGCUCCAUUUUUUUUGAUGGAGCAGUAUUCCUUGUCAACUACACUGCCCAUAUUUAUUAAUGUUUAAUUUUCCAAACUUAUGGGCACCACAUUAGCAAACAUUGAGAUUGUGUGGAUCAACGAGUGGAUUUUGCCAAUGUAUUUUCUGUUCAUUUCCACCAUGAGGCACUCUAGAAUUAGCAAAGAGGCUGCCCCGUUUUCUUUUCCUUCCUUGGACAGGAAAAUUUGCUGAUUGGGAAUCCAAAUACUAGUCCAAGUUUACCUUGAACAUUAUCGAGCCCGUUACUUUGGUGCUGUAGCUACUGAUGUACCACAUGAUUGACAGUUGUUAUUCCUUUGUUACUUUGAAUAUGUUGCUGUACAAAGUUGUACAUAUUAAAUAGUUUAUUUAGUUUAUUUGUAACACUCAAAUUAGUUAUUAUGUCACAAUUCAGAUUCCAAAUGAACAAAUUGUUUGGGCAACAAGCAGAUCUUUGGGAUCUUCUACACAUCAGGUUCAUCACUGAUUCCAAUAAUUAUUGUGAUGUGAAAAGAUUGAACAUUGCUAACAAUUAAUAAUUUCUCAGCAGUUAAGUGAGAAUUAAUCCUGGAAAAUUUAGAUUUACUGCAAAAAGAUUCCGAAGAGAAAUUAUUUAGGUUAAUAUUAAUUUUUGCCUGUCCCAGAUUCUAUGUACUGUAUUGGCAUUAUUUCUGUUGAAAGCAUAAAUCACUUUGGGUGAGUUUACUACUUUCACAGAAAAUUUUACUUGUCAUCUGGUUAUUAAAAUGAAAUGUGGUCAAGCAAAUUUAUUUGACAAUAACAAUGGUUUUGCACCAUGAUUUUCAUGUGAAUAUCAGUGUAUAUGCUAUUGUCUCUGCCAUGAAAUUAAAGCUUUGG